AUUACCAUUUCCAAAGACUUGUUGCGAUAUUGUUGCCCCUUAAUCUGUUGUUCCUUUGAAUUAUUUUGCAGUAUCAAUGCCAUUGACCCUAAGACCAAGAAGAUUCUCCAGCUUUUGCGUUUGAGACAGAUCUUCAAUGGCGUUUUCCUUAAAGUCAACAAGGCCACUAUGAACAUGCUUCGUCGUGUUGAGCCCUAUGUGACUUACGGGUUCCCUAACUUGAAGAGUGUCAAGGAAUUGAUCUACAAGAGAGGUUAUGGAAAGCUAAACCACCAGAGGAUAGCUUUGACUGACAACUCUAUCGUUGAGCAGGCUUUGGGAAAGCACGGGAUCAUCUGCACUGAGGAUUUGAUCCACGAGAUUCUAACAGUUGGACCUCAUUUCAAGGAAGCCAACAACUUCCUGUGGCCAUUCCAGCUCAAGGCACCACUCGGUGGCCUCAAGAAGAAGAGAAAUCACUACGUGGAAGGUGGUGAUGCCGGAAACCGUGAGAACUUCAUCAAUGAGCUUAUCAGGAGGAUGAAUUAGGAUGUUUUCUUUAUCAAUGUCAAACUUACCUGUGUUUUCAUUAUAUGCCUCCUCCUUGAUUUUGAUCUCCUUUCUCAAGUUAAAACGACAUUUUGAAUCUUCUCUUUUAUUGUCUAUGGACCUUAGUAUGGGUUGUGGACUACCCCACUUUCUUCAAUGGCUUUUUUAUGAUACAGUCCACUUCUUGA